ACUUAAAGGAAAGGCACUGGAGGAAAAUGGCGUUCAUCCUUCCGAAGAAGGCGGGCGUGUCGCUCAAGCAGGUGAAGAGUGUCCUCGUCAGUUUCUGUCCUUUUGAGUCCAACGUGGAAAGCACCAGGCAUUUCCUUCAGUGUCUGUUUGUAAAGAAAGCAUACACAUCCAACAUCAAUUGUAAUGUGAAAACAGAUGUAAAGCAUGAUGGAUCUGAACCAGUAAUAGACAUCACAUUUGCUGAUGGUGACAGACUGAUUAUGAAAGGAGCCAACUUAACAGCUAAUGAAAUGUUAAAGGAGUUCAACUGUAGAUGUCAAGCCAAAGAAAACAUGGCAGAACAGAAGUUUGAAAAAAAGAAUGCUUGAAAACCAACAAAGGAACAAUUAGUAUACCUAAUAUGAACAUGUGAGAACUCACAUUGAACUUCUUCAUUCUAAGAGAAGGCAAGGAUUUUGCCAUUUACCAAAAGAAGUAUGGGGUAGAUAUGGACUUGUUCUGACAAAUGAAUUAUUUCUUAGACCUUUCAGUUAGAGAUUAAAAUUCUAAUGUAGCUUUUCUAGAAAAUCUGCUAUUGGUUCCCAAAGCUCAAGUAUGUGAAAAGUCCAUUGCAUGCAAUUUUGUUUUUUACUGGUCAGUUGUCAAAUGCUGUAUUUGUGUCCACAAAUCUAAUUAUUAAAUGUAAGCUACAUAUCAAA